AAAAAGUUAUAGCUACUGUUGCAUUAACAUCACAAUCAAAUACAGAAAAUUCUCAUCAAGCUAUUUCAGACAAACAGAUAUCAACUGAUUUAACAAAUAUAGUAGAUCAAGAUAGAUUACCAAAGAAGAAACAAAAACAAACUCAUUGUGAAACUAAACUUGAAGAAAAAGAGAUUUUAGAACUAUUAGUAACUUGUUCUGAAUAUUCAACUAGUGAUCAAAUAAAUCAGGUUAGAGAAGCAUUGGGAAAUGAAUGGAAUAAGAAUCAGAUUAAUCAAUAUAUAUCUUGUCAUAGUAGUCGUAGAGCAAUGAAGGAUCAAUCAGGUAUUACAAAUCAAUUCGUUCUAGUUGAAUAUCGAUUUCAUCAUAUAGAAAAACAUGUACUUACAGUCUAA